GACGCGCCUCAUACGACCACAUAAUGUUGACGUUGACUGACAUGUCAUGGACUGAACAAGGGGAUUACAGAGUAGCACGGCAUCACUUUUAACAUUUAUUUAUAACAGUGUACGUUUGUAGUAUUAUUUAUUUAUUAGCCAUUUGGUUAUCGGUUGUUCAAAAUAUUGCAUGUAGUAAUAUAAUUCAAAAUGAAGUUCUCAAGAUGGAUAUUCUUGUGGAUUAUGCCGAUGGUAGCGGUUUCUCUCGGCAGUGUCCCCCUUGACACCACACCCCCUUCGUUAGAGAUCGUGAGAAGAUACCCCAGAUGGGUUGGGGAGAACAGGGGCAGAAGAUCAGCCCCGGAGGCACCUGUCUGCAAGGCGGAGGACCUGGAAGCCGACCCAAAUAAGUUCUGCCUGAAGUGUCCUCCAGGGUACCAUUCAAAUAAGGCGACUGAGUGCGAGAAAGGAUGUCAGUGUUUACGCUGUCCCGAUGGAUCCUACACUGACAAGAACAACUCGCUGAGGGAAUGUCGAGCAUGUUACUCUUGUGAUGAAGAAAGCUCUGUGAUACAGGUGGCUCCGUGCAGACACGACCGUCAGACUCAGUGCGGCUGCAGGAAGGGGUACUACGUGUCCGACUCCAGCCUGCAGAACUUUGCGUGCCGCAAGUGCAAGUGCAGGGACCGCAGCGUGCACGCAGCCUGCUCGGCGAUAAACGACACACAGUGUGGGCCCUGUCAUUCCAACUUUUACGAAGAUGACGAGCAGACAUGCCAGCCCUGCACACAGUAA